UGCAUUUGCAUAAACAGUAUAUCUGAUAAGAAUAGUUUAUUUUUAUAAAAUUCAGCAAAAUACAUCGAAUAUAUACAUUUUAUACGUAAUAUAAGAUUGUACUAUUUAUAGCAAUACACAAAAAAUCUACGUUCUUAUUGGCCAGAUAGAAAUAAUUGAACUCCAGCGUCCUUGUUUAAUUUGCUAUCCAGUGCAUUAUUGGAGUGAUUGAACGUCAUUGCUUGAUCAAACAUACAUGAUAGUAUUUCCACCAUUUUUUGUAGGAAUAUUUUCAUCGAACUUUAUCAAUAAAAUUGAAUAAUUACGUAGUAGAACUACCAAUUUAAUUUGUUAAGGACUGAAUAAGAUGGAGCCGAUAAAUGUCGUUGUAACUGGGGCUGCUGGCCAAAUUGCUUAUUCUUUAUUAUAUCACAUUUCAUCCGGAUCAAUUUUUGGUCCAGAACAACCAAUUAAUCUUAAAUUAUUAGAUAUUCCACCAAUGAUGAAAGUUUUAGAUGGAGUAAUUAUGGAACUUGAGGAUUUGGCGCUUCCUCUUAUUAGAGAAAUUGUACCAACAACUGAUCCAGUUGUAGCUUUCAAUGACGUAGCAGCUGCUUUCUUAGUUGGCUCCAUGCCACGAAAAGAAGGAAUGGAACGCAAAGAUCUUUUAGCUGCCAAUGUUGAGAUUUUCAAGGUUCAAGGUGAAGCUCUAAACAAAUACGCACGUAAAGAUGUAAAAGUGUUGGUUGUUGGAAAUCCAGCUAAUACAAAUGCCCUUAUAUGUGCACAUUACGCAACAUCUAUUCCAAAAGAAAAUUUCUCAGCUAUGACUAGAUUAGAUCAAAAUCGAGCACAAGCUGCUUUAGCAAUUCGAUUAGGUGUUCAGGUUGAUAAAGUAAAAAAUGUUAUUAUUUGGGGCAAUCAUAGUUCAACUCAAUAUCCUGAUGCAACGCAUGCUACUGUAGACUUCGGGGAGUCUUCUAAAAGUGUACCAACUGUAAUAAAUGAUAACGAUUGGUUAGAUACUACUUUUGUAGAAACGAUUCAAAAACGCGGUGCUGCUGUAAUUGCAGCAAGAAAAAUGUCAUCUGCCAUGUCAGCAGCUAAGGCUGCAGCAGAUCAUAUGAAAGAUUGGUGGAUAGGAACGAAACCAGGUGAAUGGGUGAGCAUGGGUGUUGUUUCAGAUGGAAGCUAUGGUAUAGCAAAAAACAUUGUUUUCUCUUUUCCUGUUACCAUAAAAGAUAAACAAUACAAGAUUGUCCAAGGACUUCCAAUGAGUGAAUUUGCUCAAUAUAAACUAAAAAUCACAGCCCGGGAAUUGGAAGAGGAGUACAAAGAAGCAAAUAACAUCCUUCAGAAUUGACUAGAAUCUGGAGAAGAUUAUACUUUGGAAAAGAAACUAUCUAUGCCAGCGAAGUUAUAAGAAAUACCUAUUGUAUAUAGAUAAUAUAUAAGGAGAUAUGGGAAUAAUUAUAUUUCUUAUUGUUAAAGAAUGAUAAUUUACCAUUGAGGGAAUCAAUAUUACAAAUAUCAGUAAAAAUUAUGAAAAUAAAAAUUCAAAUUUGACUUGAUAA